AUGGAUUUCUGGCCAGAAUUUCUUGCUAGCAGUUCUGGGAAAGAGUUUGUGGCAGGAGGCAUUGGUGGCAUUGCCGGUAUAAUCUCCGGUUACCCCUUGGACACGCUCCGAAUCUUGCAACAGCAGAAUUCAAGAGCCGGCUCCGCUAUCACCAUCCUUCGAAACGUGGUAGCCAAGGAAGGACUAACUUCUCUUUACCGCGGCAUGGCUGCACCUUUGGCUUCUGUUACUUUUCAGAACGCUAUGGUUUUCCAAAGUUAUGCAGUGUUGUCAAGAGCAUUUUGCUCACCAGUUUCCUUUAAUGACCCUCCUUCUCUUAAGGCUGUUGCUUUAGGAGGAGUUGGUACCGGUGCUCUCCAAAGCAUACUGCUUUCCCCUAUUGAGUUGGUGAAAAUUCGCCUUCAGGUGCGCGACACAAGCCAAUUAUCUGAAGCCGAAAAGGGUCCCAUAAAGGUUGUUAAGAACAUAUUGAGAACCGAAGGUUUCCGCGGAAUUUACAGAGGACUCAGCAUUACUGUGUUGAGAGAUGCACCUGCACAUGGUUUGUACUUCUGGACAUACGAAUAUGCAAGGGAACUACUUCAUCCUGGCUGCAGAAAAAGUUCUGAGGAAAGCUUGAAUACUAUGCUGGUAGCAGGGGGAUUAGCUGGGGUAUCUAGCUGGAUCUUCAGCUACCCUUUAGAUGUUAUAAAGACAAGAAUCCAGGCUCAAACACUUCAUUCUUCUAAAUACAAUGGUAUCCUAGAUUGUCUCCAAAAGAGCAUAAAAGAGGAAGGCUAUGUUGUGUUGUGGCGAGGUUUAGGAACAGCUGUUGCUAGAGCUUUCAUAGUGAAUGGUGCUGUGUUUUCAGCUUAUGAGAUUACUCUCAGGUGCUUCUUUAAUAGUAACUGAACCAUUCAAAUGUCCUAAACUCACCAAAAUUCAGCA